UGAUGUCAGCCUUGUCCUCCCCUCCUCCCCCUGGAUGCAGGCAGAUGUCUCCACCCUCAUUCUGGAUGCUGCGGUACCCGCUGGAUGUGAAGGUUGUCCCAAAAGAAACAAAACUCCCUCUCUGGAUAGAAAGAACCCAUUCUUUAUGAGACAGCUCCUCUGAUGAAGGACUCUAGUAUCCAUGGGUAGAGACUUUGGCCACUUUCUUCGCCAUGACAAUGAUUCUUGGUGACUAGCUCCAAGCUCGGUCAACAUUUCCAUUGAGUUAGAGCCUUCGGGACUGAUCACAAGAUGCUGACCUCUAGAAAAGCCCUCAUCAGCAACCUGAAUUAUGUCCACCUGCAGCAUGUGUCUCUUGGGGUUCACCUGUCGAUGCGGCCUGAAAUGAUGGAAGGCCCGGUGGGUCAGGGCACGGGUCUAAAAGAUGUGCCUGCCCAUCAACACCACUAUAAAGACACUUCAGAUAUGGUACUGGUGGACGCCAAUUCCAAUGAUCCAACUGUGCCAUGCCAGUGCUGUGACCAUCAUUCCAGCCAUGCAGAGACCAUAAAGUACAGGUCAAAUGAGAAUCUGGAGACCAUUAUGUGUGAUGAUUAUCUGUCUCCAGAUGAGCUGCCACUUAGCCCCCUCUCUCCGUCAUGUCCAUCGACAGACAGCAGCAGCUCUUCCGAUUUCACGUUGGAUGAUUCCCCAGUGUCUAUAUACUACAAGGAGUAUGCUCAAGAUGGCCUGGAAACACCAGACCAGCAGCCGGACAUUAUUCCUCUUGAUGUGGAGACAGAGAACUCACCUUUUCCUGCCCUCAAUGACUCCAUAGAUGCUUCACACCCAACGGCCAACAAUGCACUGGCUUCUGAGUUGAGGGCAAAGAUGCCAGAGAACACAAUCAACAACAACAUGGAUAUGGAAGAUGUCCCAUUCAUUGACUGGAGCUCAGAUACGGACUUAGACAGCAAUUGCAAUGCCUUCCCAGACAUUCAGCAACCUGGUCAACUAUCAAUGUGUUAUGCCUACGUGGAUGUGGAUGCCAUCGUGAGUCCAAAGCCUCAACCAGACACUGUAGAAAAAGAGGACAUUGCCAAUGCAAACCAAACAAGUGUUCCCCAAUGGCCUUUGGAUGGAGACCUUCUUCCAAGCCUCUCUGCGCCAGAAGAUUCUUCUACAGAAACCCCAAAGAAGACGAUCACCUCCUUCCAUGAACUUGCCCAAAAAAGGCGGAAGAGCGGGGGUCUUCCACAGCCGAAGAAAGACAAAAGCGAUUGGCUUAUAGUUUUUUCUCCCGAUGUUGAGCACCCGCCUGUCAAUGAACUCACAGCCUCAGCUUUCUACCAUGGGCUGGUGAUGCCCCAAGCUCAACCUCUACCAGAAGGAAAAGAGGUCACCACCUUCAGGGAACUGAGAUAUCGCAAUUCUGUCAACAAGCAAAUCAGUCAACAGGCAAAAGCUCCCAGCACCGUGGCCAAGGGGCCCCAAGAUUCAGCUGAGGGGGUCACAGACCCUGCAGAGGUACAGCUAAAAACAGAGUUGCAAAAAAGUUCCCCUUAUUUCAUAGACAAGAGGAACCUCCAAGACUCCACGAGAGAGAGCGAUGAGCGGGAACAAGGAUUACAAGAGGGCAACAACGGGCCAGUGAGGGGAAUUCAGAAACCCGAUAUGAAGCUACAGCUGGACACACCGGAAGCCCCACAUAAACUGUGGGCACGAAAUGAUCACCGACCCGGCACACUGUCAGCCAUGACGGUGAAGAUGGGGAAGCAAUGUCCACCCAUAUCCAUCAACAACAUGUACACCAGAAACGAGGACAACAUGGCUGGGGUGCACUGGCGAGGAAUGGCAGACGGUGGUGACCGCAGGGGCCUAGAAGUGUUUGGUGCUCCACAACCUUCUAGGCUCUUCCUCCGGCUCUCAACUAAUCUGACUCCGCCCCCUGCUCUACUACCACUUGGCUCCGCCCUGGAGGUUCCCCGUUGCUUUGCCCUGUCCCCGCAGCCCUGGUGUCCCAGACUUCCUGCCCGUCUGUCCCCUGUAGGGGCCUCUUCUCCCCCACAGCGAGCGCUGCUCCCCCUACUGGAGUCCCCAGAUGUGGCCAUCCUUCUGUCCCCUCUCUUCCCUAGGAUAAGGAGCCGAGAGACGAGGCCAUCGCGGGCCCCCACUGCCGACUCGCCAGACACAGGUGGCGUGGGUGAGCCGCUGAUGGCGGAUGGGGCCGGAGACACCCUACUGCGUGAUAAGAAAAGUCUCCUCAUCGCCAUUGGCUCAUCCGUGGACAGAAUUAUCUCCCAUUUCAAUGGCAGUAGAAACCAAGUGCAGAAGGCACAAUUGGGUGACAGUCGCCUGAGUCCAAAGCUCGGCUACCUCAUCCUUAACAGCCUGUGCCCCGCACUCUUCUCCCUGCUUGGCGAUGGAUUGAAGCCCUUCCAGAAGGAUGUCAUCAUUGGCAGGAGAAGACUGAGUCCCUGGAACCUGGUGGAGGCCUCAACAAAAUCAGGCCCCGAGUCCCUUCACUUUCUCUUCUACAAUGUCAGCCAGUACCAGCAGCUCCGAGACCCACAGAGGAGGUUUAACGCUUUCAUCUUUGGCCUCCUGAAUACCAAACAGCUGGACAUCUGGGUCUCCUUCCUCCAUCUGAUUUAUGAUCAACUGUCAGUCUUCUUUCUCCCUACGGGAUUCCUUCCACUGGCUGCUACUUCCUGUCCUGAACUGCGGGAGGAAUUGCUGCUGACCUUACAGCCUCUGUCUGCUCUGACCUUCCACACCGACCUUCUGUUUGAGCAUCAUCACCUCCCGCUUCAAGACCCGCCAACCCCUCACAGUCCUUCGACUCCGGCCGACAACUGGGGCGUCCCACCAUUUCAGCAUAUCCUAGACUUGGGUGGCUGGCUUGCACAUAACCUCACCGGAAAUGCAGAUAAAGAAAAGCCAAAGGAAAGCCAAACCCAGUUGCAGUCUCCAUGCUUUUCCAGUAGUGACCCCAAGCAUGAUGGGGCCGUUUGUUAUAAAGACUGCCCAAAGGACUCACUCUAUAAAAACCAGCAACGUGUGUCCCCCCCUGGUGCAGGGAUAAUGACUAGUACAGAAACCCAACAAGGUGCAACCUCCAAGGCCAAAGACUCUAGCACUACUUGGUGGGGACAGCUAAGCCAGGCUUCUCGCCAGUAUAUUCCUGCAAAUAAGGAUUCCUUUGCCUUUGCAUCCUUCAGAAAGCCAAGGGGGGCUCCUGACAAACAACAGAGCCAGCUUGAACAACAAUUGCCCUCCAAAGUAGGAGAAUGCACAGAGCAAAGACUUCCUGAGCAACCACAUUGUGAGAGAGACUGUAAGAAGACAACAAAUGGGACUGAGACAAUGGGAAUGGGAAUGAGACAGCCCAGGCAGAGCUCCAGAGAUCCGACGGCAGCUAAUAUUUCAGGAAGUGAAGAUACAACACCAAGACAAGGAGGUCCUACUCAGUGCAGACAGCCUGUCGUUGUGAAUGGGGGUCGCCCAACUCCAUGUCAAACCCCGGAGGAGAAGGGCGGCUGGUUUGGCCAGCUAUUUGGGACAAGUUCUGCUCAUAGCCGUGAUUUGGAGGGAAGAAGUGUAAAAUCCAGACGCCCCUCCAGCUGGUUGCCUCCAAAUGUGAACGUUCUGAACCUCAUCCGUCUUCUGUCCACACCUGAGCCAGAACAAGUCUUCCCUGCAGAGCAAGAGGAGAGGCACCAAAGCGACCGCAAGUCAGAGAGGUCUCUCCGAGCUAUGUGCGAUCACGCCGCCUCCGGUGAAGCUCAGCUAAGCUUUAAGAAAGGAGACGUCUUGCAGUUGCUGGGAACGGUGGAUGAAGACUGGAUCCGCUGCAGGCGAGGGAGCGAUAUGGGCUUGGUGCCGGUGGGGUACACUUCACUAAUCCUUUGAUUGACUUUUCUUCGAGGGGGGAAACAUGAAAAACCCCCAGUUGUCUCAUUAGCCUGAAUCCCCUUCACAGUAUUCUGCCCCUCUUUUUUCCCCCACUCCUUGCAAAUGCCUUGAUAUCCUUCUAGUGCUAUAGUAAACCAAGUUAAAAGUGCAAGCUCUUCAGCCAAA